UCCUGUGGCCUCUCUAUAUAAGUGCCACUAAGAAGGUUCCAAAGCAGAUUCCUUGUACUCAGCAAGGACCUGAAAACUCCACAUCUGCAACGCAAGGUCUCUGACCUAUCUCCACAGCCUGGGAAAGAUGCUCAGCACCAACAUCUCUGUGAGGCUUGGCUGGUUUCUGGGAGCCCUACUUGUGGCCACCACCAGCGCCUUCACCCCAGAGGCCAUCAAGGAUGCACUGCUGAAGAAACUCAACCUGCCAGAGGUCCCCAGGCUGGUGAAGAGAGACAUUGAGGAGCUGGUGAUCCCUAGACACAUCCAGAGCAAGUACAUCUCCAUGCUCCACAGACACAAGGACAGGACGAGGAGGUCUCUGCCCAGCCUGACUGGCAUCCUCAGGGGCAUCCAAGGAAAUGCCGAUAUCUUCGGGGAAGUGCUGUUCUCCGAUUCCAGCAAGCAGACCCUGGUCUUUGAGAUGAUCUCCAGAAUACCCCAGAACAGCGAAGUGACCAUGGCCGAGCUGAAACUUUUCAAACAACCCCCCAACACCAUGGAACUACCCGACAGGCGCUUCCACAGGCCGGUCACCAACGCCAGGGUCAGCGUCUACUACGUGGAGGUGAUGAGGGACGGGAGCAACAGAACCUCUCUGGUGGAUUCCAGGCUUGUACCCAUCAUGGAGUCCGGCUGGUGGAGUUUCGAUGUCACCCACGCGGUGCACUACUGGAUGAGAAGCAGCGGGCAGGCUAACAUGCACCUGGAGCUCAGGGUAGACGGGGAGAGGCAUGGCAACCACGCGGCAGAGAUGGCGAAGCUGGUGCAAUUCACUACCCAGAAUCUAUUGGACAGCAACGGGGGCAAACCCGAACUGGUUCUCUACACUCUGAACCUCAACGACCAUGGCGCCCGUGGAGACUGCUCGGCUCCAGAAACCAGGAAGGACAACAUCUGCUGCAGGGAAGAGUACUUCAUAAACUUCCGGGAGCUCACCUGGACCCAGUACUGGAUCAUCGAGCCAGCGGGAUACAACGCGUUUCGCUGCGCUGGAGGCUGCAGGCAGCCCCACUCCCCAGCCGUCAAGUACCGCUAUGGCAAGAGGACUUGUGUGGUGGCUGAAAGCUCCCCCCUGCCGGUCAUGUACCUGGUCAAGAAGGGAGACUACACCGAGAUCGAAGUGGCAGAGUUCCCCAACAUGAUCGUGGAGCGUUGCGGCUGCGCGGCUGACCACAUUUCCAUCAUCUGACCGGCGCUCGCAUCAGCCCCUUCGUACCUGACGACGUUGGAUGUACGUCUGCAUCCUGAACUUCCCCCACGGCCGGCAAACUUUGCCGGUAAAGUCGCCAGAGGACUGAACUCUUACACCCCCGACGUAUGUUCACAGUCUUAGGAAUAGUAAUGGUAGCCGCGUAGAAGCACUUACUGUAAAUAACCCGAGUAUAUUUAUCUUUGACUUCUCCGCCUUAUGGUACAGAGAUCAACGUGACUU